AGCAUGCUCUGAGCACUUGGCAGAGCGGGACUGGAGCGAGAGAGAAAGCAGACGUGCCAAUAUUUUUUCAAUCCGCUCCACGCUCCAGCCAAAUUCUGCUCCUCUCCAGCUCCACUACUCCACUCACAUCCUCUGAUUCACAUGGCACCAACGGAAACCCUUGUUUUUGUCUUCUGUUGCAAAACCUUUUGCUAUGUAUUAAUGAACUGUCUUCAUCUGGUGUUCUACCUGGUUUCACCUGGUAUUGUGCUUGGUAUUUCACCUGGUGUUGUACCAGGUAAGCGUGAUCGGUAUCCUGACUACAGUGAGGGCAGCGCGGCUGGAGCGGAGAGCAGACGGUCCUCUAACGACUCCACCAAGUCAGAAAGUUUACUUCACAAACCCUGGAGACAGAAAGCCAGGAGCUCGCCCACCCCUGCAUACCCACCGAACAUAGACCGACUGCCACAGGGUCUCAGACACAGAGAAAGUAGUAGUAGCUGGCUGUGCCAGAGCCCCUACAUUGGUGUCCCCUCAAAGGGCGCACCCCAAUCCCCCAGCCCCUCCAUCACUUUCAGCGACUCCUCAGCCAGCCUCACCCAGAGGAAAGCCAAGGCUCUUGGUCCCGAGUUUAUCAGAAUGGCUGACGAACCCCAGGUAGUUCUGGAGUUACCCGGAUCCAUAGUGUCUAAGAAGGGCAGGUCUUGUUCGUCUCAGAGGGAGGUCAUUGUGGUGUUGCCCAGUGGUCAGUCUGUAUUGGUCAGAUGUGACAUGAAGUCCAGAGGGAGGGACGUGUUCGACAUGGUGGUGGCUCACGCUAACCUGGUGGAGCACUUCUACUUCGGACUGGCCUACACCGACGAUGAUGAAUAUUUCUUCUUGGACCACGAGACGAAAAUCUCUAAAGUUGCUCCUGACAGUUGGAAGAAAGUAGUGUCGACCUCUUUUCUUGUUUUUCUAAGGAUCAAGUUUUUUGUUGAUGAUAUCUCCUUCAUAUUACACAGGGUGACGCUUCACCAGUACUACUUGCAGCUGCGGAAGGACAUCCUAGAGGACAGGUUGUACUGCAACGAGGAGACAGGCAUGUUCCUGGCAGCUCUCGCUCUGCAGGCUGAGUUUGGGGACUACAUGUCUGAGUUGUAUGGCAGGAACUACUACCAGCUAGAGCAGUUUGUGUCUAAGAGGAUGCUGGAGAAGAUGGCUCUGCCCAAUCUAAAGGAGGAGUUGCCACGGUUACAUGCCAACAAUGCCCAGAUGCUGCCAGAGGAGGCAGAAACUGAGUACCUAAAAAUCGCCCAGCAGCUUCCAGAGUAUGGGAUGGUGUUCCAUCGGGUAGGCCGGGAGAAGAAGCCGGUGGUAGGGGAGCUGGUGCUGGGAGUCUGUGCCACAGGAAUCAUAGUCUAUGAGCUGAAGAACCACCUCCGCACUGUCACACGGCGAUUCCUCUGGAGGGAGACCGAUACCAUCUCCGCCAACCAUCGUAAGCUGACCAUAGAGUGUGGUGGUCCCAGUGGUAAGAAGCACAGCUUUGUAACAGAGAGUUCUAAGAUUGCGCAGUACCUCCUUAGUCUCUGCUCCGGGCAGCACAAGUUCCACAGCGAGAUGAGUUCCAGGCAACUCAGCCACAGCAUCGCUCAAGAUGAGAGCAUUGACAAGUACCAGUCUAUUUGUCGGACCAGUGACUCCCGUAUGAAGCGUCUUUCAUGUUCUGAGGUUGUCCUGAACAGCGUAGAGUUACCAUUCAACCUCGGCCACCGCGAGUCAUUAAGUAAGUCGUGUGAUGACAUCACGGCGAAGGUGGAGGCGCGUCUAAGGCAACAGAGAGAGUUGAGGGAAAUGAGCAGAGAUCUACCCGAGCCAUGCCCACUGUCAGAGAUGAAGGAACAGCAGGCCUGGAGUACUCCAGAGCCCAUCCCCAGAAUCAUGUCCAAUCCCAUGCUACAGAAACAUGACUCCACAACCUCCUCUAUACAAGUAGACACUCCAACCAGGGGUUCUCCAGAGAGAGAGAUCAUCAGUCUGGUCCUAAGGAAAGACCCUAAACUGGGCUUUGGGUUUGUGAUAGUGGGGGAGAACAACACAGGGAAACUGGACCUGGGAAUCUUCAUAGCCUCCAUCGUACCUGACGGACCAGCAGACAGAGACGGCAGAAUCAGACCAGGUGGUCGUCUGAUUUCUCUAAAUAAGAUCAGUCUGGAGGGCGUGACGUUCACUGACGCAGCAGUCAUCCUCCAGAACAGCCCUGAUGAGGUGGAGCUCAUCGUCUCACAGCCCAAAUAUUCUCUGAGAGACAGUAAGACUUCUCUGGCCCCGAGUACCAUGAGUCUGAUGUUGGAGAGGGGCAUUGGGUGCCAGACCACCCUGGGUGGAACAGAAUUCCAACCAGCCAUGGAGGAGCUGGAGGAAGCACUGGCUCUGUCCAACCUGGCCACACCUAAACAUGGCAAGAGACUCCACAUCCCUGUGGUCCGGAUCCUGGAUGCUCAGGAGGUGUGUUCCAGGUCUCCCUCUCUCUGCAGUCUGAGAGCCAGGGAACAGCUUGUGGUGGAGCUGAAGAAGGCCAACGGCAGCCUGGGUAUAAGUGUAGCUGGUGGAAUGAACACCUGUGUUCGUUACGAGGGGAUAUACAUCAAGAGUCUGGUGCCAGGGGCCGCUGCUGAGCAGGACGGGCGCAUUCAGAUAGGUGACCGACUGCUGGAAGUUGAUGGGUCCAACCUACGAGGUGUAACACACAAACAGGCCGUGGAGUGCCUGAAGAAGACUGGAGAGGUGGUGAGUCUGCUUUUAGAGAGGGAGCCCCAGGUGGUGUUGGGGGCGGGAGCGAAUCGCCCCCGCUCAGCUUCACAGAGCCAAUCAGGAAGUCUCAGGAGAGACAGCUCCAUGGAGAUGACCUUGAGUGGCAAGACCAAGGACUACAGCUUUGUCACUGAUGACAACACUUUGGAGGUGCUGUUGAAGAAGAGCCUGUGUGGUUUGGGCUUCAGCUUCUACAUCAGUGAGUUGAACAGUGGUUGUGACCAGGGCAGCAGUGUGGUGCGGAUCAAAACCCUUUUCCAGGGUCAACCAGCCAAGGAGUCAGGACAGAUCAGAGAAGGAGACGUCAUAUUGGCUGUUAAUGGACAAUGGGUUAAAGGCCUCAGCUACCAGAGGGUGUUGUUCCUGCUCCGUGGGCCUCCGUCUGAGGUCCGCCUGACUCUCUGCAGACCUGCUUUUGGAGUACUGUCUCAACUGGAUGCUGACACACUGGUUCCUUUCUUGUCUCCAACCCGUGGGGUGAGGUCCAAGUCUCUAGACAUCAGGCUAGGGGAAGAUUAUAGCCAGCUGCUCAAACUACAGGCAUACCAGAACCGUCAGUACAACCAGGAAAACCAGGCCCAGAAGGAGCCAAUGCAGACAUCACAAGCCCAGGACCAAGCCUCCAGGCAGGCCAGACAAACAGACAAAUCCCCUGAGCCCUCUGGAGGUCCGAAGACUCAACAGAGUCAGGAUAGUCAAGACAGUGAGAUGGACGCAGCCGAGAACCAGCCUUCCUCACCCUCUCCCUCACCCCCUUCCCCCAUCUCCCUCGCCAGCAGAAGUGACGCAGGAGACAGUGAAGAGUUGUCGGUUGUGGACGAGGAAGGUUCCGAAGAAAUGAGCUCGGCAUCUGUUGGGGCCAAGACCAGUACUAGUCCCGUGUACACCAGUGGCAUCAGAGAAGAGGCGGACGGCAGUUUAACAUACUGCCUUAUGGGUGAUGGAAUAACCAUUCUGGCUGAUAAAGAGUACUUGACCAUCAGUUCGACUUCGGACAGGCCCUCUAGCCUUACCUCAAACACCUCAUGUACCCCCAGUGUGGCUCCACACACUACCUCUCAUACCUCCAGGACCAGAUCCACCCCCCCUACUAGGGUCCGAUCCACCACCCCCAAAAGUACUUCCAUCCCCCACAGCUUGUCCUUGAAAACCACAAGCUCAACAAACCCCAAUUUGUCAUUGCAAACCACCUCUGUCCAGCAGACACCAGCUCAGCCCUCCUCUAGGCCUACAUCCAGCAUUUCCUCUAGGAUGUCUGACCUCAACAUCAGCCACUCGGUGCAUCCUCUCCAGCCCCAGCAUGCUACACCUCCUCUUCCCAGCCUCUUCUCCUAUACCUCCAACCCCAACUCCAGGAUCUCUGAUUGCAAACACAGCAUCACCUCCGAUCGUAAACACAGCAUCACCUCCGAUCGUAAACACAGCAUCACCUCCGAUCGUAAACACAGCAUCACCUCCGAUCGUAAGCACAACAUCACCUCCGAUCGUAAACACAGCAUCACAUUCAAGACUACCAAUGCCUCCAACAUCACUCGUUCAGUCAUCCAAUACAAUCCCCAGCCCCCUGACACAUUGCCCCCUCGCAACCCCCGCACGCCACCCCUCUCCCCAGCCUUCCUUGUCCUCACUCUCUCCCCCCAUUCAGGCUGCACCUCUCCCACACACACACCCUACCUGGAGACAGGAGACAGAAGGGGAGGAGGACGAAGAUGAGGAUGAGAAUGAGGAGGAUCCCAGAAAAGGCAUGAUGAAGGAAUUUGAGAUGUGUGUGGUUCUGACCAAGUCGUGGAGCGGUAGUUUUGGGUUCACCAUCACACGCAGCAAACUGGAUGCCUGCUACUACAUUCAGGACAUACUGGACAACCCUGCUAAGACGGA